AUGGAUGACGAAGAAAGUAUGCGUGGUGGUGAUGGUGACAGUCAAGGAUCUGCGGAAGGACGAGGUGCUGCUGGCGGAGGAACCACUGGGAAUCGAGGGGGGGAUGACUCCGAUUUUGAUAGGAUUUUGGGGGGAACGGCUGACAAUAUUCUUGAAGAUGAUGAGAAAAGCGAACCGGAAGAUCCUGAGGACAUCCUGAAGUACAACCUGAGAGCUCAACGUGAAAAACGUGCUCACGAGAAAUCGCAGGUGAAUGAACGAAGGGUACGAAGGGUCGUGGUUGGAAAAGGACUUCCAAAUCAGUCCACGGCAUUGUGUCGGUCGAUCCGAAAUUUCACUAGAUUCAUCAUGGGGAUGCCUGAAUCUAUCAGUGCAUAUCCAGCGCCCCCAGACCAAGAGGAAUGGGAAGUUUGGAACAAUUGGACUGAGAACCGCUAUAAAAAAUUAACGAAGCACUUGGAAGAAUUUUCCGAGAAGAACAAGAAUCUUGCCAAAUCAGUCUUUCAAAAAGUGUAUCAGGACGAAGUUUCACGUAUUCGCAAACAUCUGUCCCCACCAUCGUUUACGGCCGCUCCUGACAUUUUGCCCACUGAGCUCGAUGUUCCACUGAGUAUCAAGAAAGCGUGCGAGCAAGAUCUCCAGAUUGCUGGGUUUGGACGUUUGACCUUCAAGUGGCAGGCCAGUUCUUUCAAUUCUUCCUCGUGGAACGCUAGUUUGGCUACCAUCGUUAUCAAGCAUUACUUCAACUGGGCGAAGUCAAAGCCGGGUGUGAUGUGGGGUGAGGUCGGUUGCAUGGAGCAGAUCUUGGAUAGAUGGGUUUGUGGCCAAGGAAAAGAAAUUAGACGGGCUCACCAGACAAAUGGCCAAUCACCGGAAGACUUGAAGGCUGAGAAGUCAAGGAAGGCUGCAAUAAGCCGUAUGAAAGUUAAAAUUGCAAACAAAAGACAAGGGCUUGCCAUUACAAAGAUGAAAGCCGAACCAAAUCUGGCAGUCUUAUUCUCUAAAGAGGCUGUAUCCGAUUGGGAAGAUCAACCGGUUCCAGCAAAACCAAAGCGUAUACAACUAGCUUGGAGGAGCGAAGCAUUCAGUCUAUGUUCGCAUAAACUAGAUGAGAUUGCGAUAACAGUCGCAAAAACAACUACCGAAAUGAAGACUAUCCAUAAGCUUGUGGACCGUAGCCCUGAAUUAAUUACAAAUUCAACAACUCCGCUUGCUGUUAUCCCACGAAGGCUUCCAAUUGAUGCCUACGAUGCCACAUUCCUUCAAAGUCUCUCGCAAGUCGAAAAAGAUCACCUUGACCCUCAGAAGGAAAUUGGUUUGGAGGCCAAAGCCUGGAUGUUAAACCAGAUGACUAUGCGGAUUGGACCCGGUGUGAGUCAAAUUCCCCGAGGAAGUAUUGGAGAUCUUGGAAUUGGUAAUUUGCCGGGCCCUAGCACAGGCAGUUGA